UAGUGUCCUACAAGGCCCUUCACCAUGGUCAAAUACGUGCUUCACUACUUCAAGGCAAACGGCCGCGCUGAGAGCAUUCGGCUGGCUUUCAAGCUGGCUGGGGUCGACUGUGAGGAAGUGAAUAUCGAAUUCUCAGAAUGGCCGAAGAUAAAAAACAGAUAUCCAACCCGGGAAGUUCCGGCGCUAGAGGUUAAUGGACAGAUGCUGUGCCAGAGUAAAGCCAUUCUGCGAUAUUUGGCCCAGGAAUUCGGAUUGUACGGUAAGACAAACUUGGAGGCGGCAUUCAUAGAUCAGGCUAUCGACAUGGUGGAGGACAUCUGGGCAGCGGCUAACCACACUUUCGGUGGGGCAGACAUAAUUUUGAAAGACAAGGCGGAACCAUUCUUGAGAGAAAUAAUCCCGUCCAUUUACGCAUCCUUAGAGCGACUACUCGCCCUUGAAGUAGCUGGCGACUUUUUCGUUGGAAACUCGAUCACUGCCGCUGAUCUCUUCUUUUUCACCGCGAUCGACUUCGUGGAUGUCAUGUCAAAGGGCGCUAACUCGUUGGAGAAGUUCCCCAAGCUGGACGCCCUCAAGAGACGGAUCGCCGCCAACCCCAAGAUUGCGGCUUGGCUGGAUGUCAGACCGCCCGAAGCUACUUUUAAGGAAAUAUAAAGUAGAUUCGCCCGUCUGUGACCAUAGAUGCGACGACGCCCUGGUGCGUUUUCUCCAAAUCACGGGUUCUGUUGAAUAUGCCUCUACACUCGUUUACCAUGACCCGCAAAGUUUUGAAUAUUAGCUUAAGCUUGUUCUUUUUGUUUAGACCAACUAAUUAGCCGCGAUCAAUUGCUUUCCUGCAUUUGAAUUUAUCGUUGAUCGUUUCAACGAAACUUCUGUUGAGUGUUGUCAUUGUUUACAAACACCUCCAUUUCGUUUUGGCCGCCAACGUUUGUAGAAAAGCCACCUUUGCAUGGCAGUAAUCUUGCCUCAAAAUGCUCAUUUGAUUUCAGCAGUAGUUGCACAUAAAUUAUCCGUUCCGGAAAUUGGGGCGGUGGGGUAUCGUAGAGGGACUACUUGCCCGGCCAUUGAAAAUGGGGGGGGGGCUGUCAUGAUGUGCCAUCGAUAUGAUGACGAGGGUGAUGCUCACGAUACCCAUGUACAUCUGUAACAUGUAGGCCCUAUUAUUUCUCCAGAAUCUUUAAAACAACAUAUUUAUGGUUAUGUUUGAUUGUUCUCCCUUUUCUGAGUGCUGGUGGGUACACUGUGGCUGUUUGGAGUCCAGAAACCUCCUUACAAUCCACCUUAACCUUUUCUCUUCACGAAUGGAUGAUGAUUCUAAAGUAUGGGGGAUAUGUAGCCCCAUCUCAUUAUGAAGUAACGAAAGAAAGUGGGUCAAUUCGGGUUGAUCUGUGCCAUUGUGGAUGAAGUAAACAAGAACUGUUAGGUUGGUUGUCGCCAAGUAAAAUCUAUAAAACUACAAAAGAAAAAAAACAAUUUGCUGUAUAAAGUUUGGGGCCUGCCCCUUUUCGUUUGUUAAAAUAGCUGUAGUUGCGACGGGAAAUAUACGAGGGAUGAGGGAAGACAAUCCUUGUAGUUUUUUAAAAUAUUUUUUUUAGCAUAGUUGCUUAAUUAAUUAGCAUUUAUAAGUUGUUUAUUUGUUCAAUUUUUAGAAGGUGUUCCUUUAGAAUUUUGUUUCUUGUAAAAUCCCUGUUAGAUGUAAUAUUACAGUUUUGUAUGUUAGCACGUGGUGAAAGCAACUUCCGUAUUUAUUAAAAGAAAAAAAAAACUAAUGUAAGGUUUUGUGACUGAAAAAUCGUGCAUCCCCGA